CACGCCCCUGAAUGUGGGGCAGAAUGUGCAUGUUCAGAACUUCUGGAGAUACGAGUUGCGGGACGAGGUUGGGCUUGACUUUGAGUUCCAGACGGGUAUUAUAGGUAGGGAGCAGCUAAUGGAUAUGGACAGAUUCCGCCUACGUCCGGGGAAUGCACUGAGGGCCUUCUACAGGAUAUUCACACCGGAACACAUGAUAGAUGUGCUGACAGAACGGAUCAACAGCGAGGGCCGCAUUGUGAGUAUGAUAGCACAGCUGAUACGCGACAGUACGGAGAUCAGCGAUGAGGAUAAGAAGCGGAUGUGCCGGUGGGACGAGAAGGAGAUAUCGAGUGAUCUUUCUGAGGAUGUUGAGUACAUGGUUGAAUGGACCUCAGAGAUCACUAGGGAGUUUGCGAGGUAUUUCCUGGUGAAGAUGGGUGUUAUUGUUGAGAGAGGCGGCUGGUGGGGAAUAUCCUCACGAAGACUAGGUGGAUGUUUAUUGCAAUAA